AUGCUCAGCCAAUUCCCUCCCGAACUCCUGGCCAUGGUGCUCAACUAUCUGACUCGAACUGACCUCAAACGUCUCGGUGAAGUCUCCAGGGACAUUUAUAGCUUGACGACUCCUUAUCUGUAUCAAUCCCUUGUCAUAUCGGCAGCCCGAUCAUCCCCCCAGAACAUCAACGGUGCCAUUACCCAGUUGAAUCCCGCGCACUUGGUUCAUACCAGAGACCUCCGCCUGUAUGGGCCGUAUCACGGGAUGCGAGCUGAUAAGACCUGUUCUUUCCAUGAUUCCUCAUUCUUUGGGAAUGAGCACCCUGGACUUCAAGUAGGAAUAUUAUCGAUUCUUCUGAUGCACUACCCUAACCCGCAUAGCUGGGACCUAGGAACAUGUCUCCCCGACGAACUCGUCCACCGAAUUAACGCCAUCUUCCAACACCAGCCCCAGAUCACCUCCAUCUCCCUCAUCACCGACAGCGACUGCAAGAUGAACGCAUCCGCAUCCAGCCAUCUAAAUCUCACUCCCCUCUCCAUUCUCCACUCUCUAUCCUGGAAAGGCCUCAAACGAUACCAAGACUUCGAAUCCAUUCGAGAAUUCAUCACCACUCACGGCCCCCAGCUAAAAACCCUCCACCUCGACCUCAUCGGCUGGGACAGCACCCGACUAUCCUGGACGCAAGGCUUUCUACAACACUCCCCCCCAGAUCCAACCACAAUCUUACCCGAGAACUUCUUCACCCAACACGUCCUCAACCUUCACCCCGGAAAUCCCCUCCCAUCCCUCCACCACCUCUCCCUCACCCAAACCUCCUUCCUCCCCCUCCCCACAUCCCUCGAACUCCCCACCACCCUCAACAUCGCCAACCUCCACUCCCUCCACCUAACCAACUGCCCGGGCACAUUCCCCUUCCUGCGCCAAAUCACUCACUCCAACAUCCCCCUCCACCUCAAACAUCUCGAAAUCACAUUCAACCCCGAACAACUCAACCAACUCAACGACGAAACUCAAGAUAACCUCCCCGACACCAUCCACUCCUUCCUCGGUUCUUUCUCCGGGCUCACAGACCUAUACCUAAUGCUCCCAUCGAUCGCCUGGGAAUCUCCUGCGACCUGGGAAGGUAUCGCGCACCACAACACCACCCUCAAACAUCUUAUCACGCACCGUCUCCAGAGAACGGAGUAUGGCGGUUUCGAAGACGGGGAUUUGUUCAUGUCCAUAUAUGAUCAGCUCAGGGUGUCUCAUCUCCCGGGGUUGGAGUUCUUCGGGGUGUCGGUUGCGUUG